ACGAAGUCACAUCGUGAACUACAAGUUAUUCUUUCUUUUAUCUAAUUCAGUGUUUUAAAUUAUUUUCUUUUUCCUGUGGAAUGACUUAACUUAGAAGAGAGUUGAUUGUUUGUUGUUUAUCCCCUGAAGUAAUUUCUAAAUACGGAUUCCAUAACUUCAUAAGGAUAAUUUGAAUUUAAAUUCGAUAGGAAAGACUAUAUUUGUUGAGUUUAGCAUUUAUUGCUAUCGAGGAGGUGAGUGAAUGGCCGGCCUGGUUGGAUUGGAAGGAAAUGAAAAGAAACAGGAAGAAUGGGAAGUUUCUCAGCUCUCUCUUAGAAUUAAUCUCGUUACAUGCAAUUCGGAGAAAUGGCAAGAUUUACCCGAAUUUACCGGGCUGACGUACGUCGGAGGCAUUGACAUUUCUUUCAUCAAAAACAGCAAUGUGCGUCUUUUGGGUAACUCUAUGAUAGACGGGUUGCCAGAAAUAACCAAGUGCCGUACCGUAAAUUCGCCUAGAGCUCGCAAAAUGCUAGUGGAUGCUUUCGUUGCAUUAGUCGUGAUACAGUUUCCGUCCCUAGAAGUAGUUUACAGACAAUGCGAGGCAGUGAAACUUAAAGAACCUUACAUCCCUGGGUUCUUGGCAUUCAGGGAAGUGGACCAUUGUAUUGUCAUGCUAAAAAAUUUGCAGAAAGUUAAACCAGAAUUUUAUCCUCAGGCUGUUUUCCUAGACGGGAAUGGUCUCCUUCACCCACGUAAAUUUGGACUAGCUUGUCAUCUGGGUGUGAAGAUGGAUGUACCUUCAAUUGGCUGUGCCAAGAACCUCUUUCAAAUGGAAAAUAUCGCUCGCGACGAAAAUCACAAAAACCAAAUUGACUCUUUGAAAUAUGCAGGAGAUUACUUCAAAAUCUUUGAUAAAGACGGAGAUGUUUUAGGCGCUGGCUUGAAAACUGUUGAUAGAAGUUUCAAACCUAUUUAUGUUUCUAUUGGGCACAAGUUCGAUCUCGAGACUGCAUGUCGACUGGUGACUAAAUGCAGCAAGUACCGAGAACCAGAGCCGACCAGAUGGGCUGAUAUUUUUUCACGAGAAGUCAUACGAAAAUUGCCCUGUGAAUCUAUAGAAAAUUAGCAACAGAAAAAUGAUGUUCCAAAGUUUUUACUCUUGCGAUAAGCAAGGUUGUUGCAAUCCGUCACUAGACUUUUUUCCCGUAAAUAACUUUGUUCACAGAAUGGUCAAAAUUAGAAAUGAAAUGUAAACUUAGGUUCAGUUCAUAAUGAAUUCAAAUUUCUUUGCGUGCCCGGCACACUUGGCCUGGAGGUAACGAAUAGGUCUAGGACGGCAAAGGUCCUGGGUUCGAAUAUGACAGGACCUUUUUUCAAACGGGAAAUAUUUCGUUUCAAAAA